UCAACGAUUUCACACGAAUGUCAUCCUUUUGACUUCCACGUAGUAGCAAUAAGGUUGGAAAGUUGGAAUGAAAAUAGUCGAGUCGAUUGGAUCUUAAAAUAUUUUUAAGCAACAUUUAUCAGUUGUGUUCGUCUUGACGUACAUUAUAAUUGUGUUUAAAUUAAAUUAUUUCUCAAUUAAAAAAAAGAACAAAAUUAUUUAUAUUUUCAUAAAUUUAGAUAUUUAUUAUUACCUCAAAUAUUAAAAAAAAAUAAUCAUGAAGUAUCUAAGUUUUAUACUACUUGCAUUACCGGUAUUCUUUGCUGUCACAAAUUUUGUAGGUUGUAAUGUGGCAUAUGCUCAGGAGGAUGCAAUUGAUGAAGAUAUUGUUGAUGAUGAAGAAGAUGCAAAUGUACUUACAGACACAGAUUCAAUGCAAGAUAGUCUAAGUACAGCUUCUGUUGAUGCUGAUACGACAAUAUUGUUCACAAAACCAACAACAAGUCAUUUAUCAUCAUUAGAAUUUCCUGGUGGACAAUUGGUUGAAUUUCUUGUUGGUUUUACAAACAAGGGUAAAACUGAUUUCAUAUUGGAAAAUUUAGAAACAUCAUUACGUUAUCCAAUGGAUUUUAAAUUUUACAUUCAAAAUUUUACAAAUCUUGUUGUUAACAAAGUUGUCAAACCAAAUCAUGAAACAACACUUCAAUACUCAUUUAUACCAUCUGAAACUUUUGCUGGACGUCCAUUUGGUCUUAACAUCAAUUUAAACUACAGAAAUGCUAAUGGAGAUUCAUUCAAUGAAGCAGUUUACAAUGAAACUGUACAAAUUGUUGAACUUGAUGAAGGAUUAGAUGGUGAAACAGUUUUUCUUUAUGUAUUCCUUGCUGCAUGUGUAAUUUUAACACUUGUCGGUGGUCAACAAUUACUCUCAUCAUUUGGCAAAAAAUCUCGUUCAUCAACAACAAGAAAACAAGUUGUUGAAAUUGGAACAUCAAAUCCAAACAAUGUUGAUUUUGACUGGUUACCAAAAGACAUGGUCAACAAACUCAACAAAUCACCAAAAGAACCCAAACAAAGUCCAAGACAAAGAAAAACAAAGUGAUCUGUUAGAUCAUUAUUGAAGUUAACUUCAAGUGAUUAAUUAAAUUUUACGUUGAAACUAAAACAUCAAAAACUGUUUCACAAAAAAAAAAAAAAAAGAAGAAAAAAAAUUAAUCAAGACUGUUGUUGAUGUAAAUUUGUCUGUACUCUUUUUUUUUUUUUUGUUUUUUUUUUCUAUAGAUUUGAAUGUAAAUUAAAUGUAAACUUGAAUAUUUUUUAAAAGAUUGUUUUUGAAAUAAUUUAUUGGCUUUUUUGUUGUUUUAAAAAGUCCAACCCAUUAGACAAAAUGUAUUUUUGAACAAACGUCACUAAAAGUGACUUAAAAAAGCCAGGUUUUUU